UCCGGUGCUGUUUCCAGCUGGGUUGGCGCAGCUCGGAGGAGUCACAGCUCCGCUCCAGCUGUUCUCGUCGCUGCUUUACCCCGCUGCUGCCUGCCCUCGUUUCAAAUGUCACGGCGACCAUGACAGGCAUCGCGGCUGUUUCCUUCUUCUCCAACGCUUGCAGGUUCGCCGGCUGCGGGCUUCACUUUGACUCCCUGUCCGAGCUCAUCGUGCACAUCGAGGAUAACCACAUCGAUACAGACCCUUGUCUUCUGGAGAAGCAGGAGCAGCAGCAGCCGACAUAUAUCGCUCUCAGCUACAUCAGUAGGUUCAUGACGGAUGCUACGAGGCGAGAACACGAGGCCCUGAAGAAGAAGUUGCAGCCUAAGCUGUCUCUGACGGGCAAUCUGUCACGCAGCAACAUCUCCACACCGCCUAGACACAUCAGUGGAAACCUCACUCCUCCGGUCACCCCACCAAUCACCCCUUCCUCUUCCUUCCGCAGCAGUACACCUACAGGUAGCGAGUGCGACGACGAGGAUGUAGAGUUUGAGGCGUCCGACAGUGAUGAAUCGUGGACCACAGAGAGCGCCAUCAGCUCUGAGUCGAUCCUGAGCUCUAUGUGCAUGAACGGAGGAGAUGAGAAGCCUUUUGCCUGUCCCGUUCCUGGCUGUAAGAAAAGAUACAAGAACGUGAACGGCAUCAAGUACCAUGCCAAGAACGGCCACCGGACCCAGAUCAGGGUGCGCAAACCUUUUAAGUGCCGCUGUGGGAAGAGCUACAAGACGCCUCAGGGUCUCCGGCACCACACCGUCAACUUUCAUCCUCCCAUCUCCACUGACAUCAUCCGUAAGAUGCAGCAAUAGAGGCGGAGUAAAUGACCACCUCCUUCCCUCAGGCCACCCAUCUGAAGUUCACUUCAGCAGCAUAGAUGACCCCCUUCAUUUCACUUUGUUCUAACACUAGGUUACGUUUUGAAUCCAAAAAAUGUAUUAUUCAACCUUGAAUUCCAUUCAAAUUGAUGCGUAUUUAUGGAGCUCACAUUUUGUGUUUUUGCACAUUAUAUCUUUUAGCUGACCUUAUUUUCAUCGACUUAUGGUGCUUAUUGUUGAUAAUGCGGACUUGAUAAGGAGUCAGGACACAAGUAGCCUUGCAUAUGCAGUGUGGCAUUCUUCCUUAUACUGAAGAUGAGGACAGGUUCCUGUUGUUUCUGCUAAAAGAAGCCACUGUUCCUCACCCUAUGUCAUAGCCUUUGAGCCUGAAAAUAAUAAUGAAUGUAGCCCCGCUGGGAACAAUGAGCGUUUGGUCUUAAUAUAGUUACUUUUGCAUUUAAAUGACAUAAAUUUACAGCUCUUUUGUGGGAACACCAAAGGAUUAUCUCAGGUGAUUUUUCUGCAAGCAUUUCCAGUUUUCUUCUGGUUGUUGUGAAUGAGUCUAUGCUGUUCAGUGGGAACAUGUUCUGUGUGUCUCUGAUAAUGUCCUCUAAGACUAAGCAGCUGACCUUCCUUACUUUACAGAACGGUAUUGAAGCACUUUAAAAAAGAAAUAAGUAAUUUAGUAUUUCCCCUGAAAGUUCCUUCUUGUGUAUAUUUAGCGAUAGGACAUUGCACGCUCUGCAGCGGUCCAAACCUUCAGGUCUCAGUAUUGUGACAUUUCUGUAAGUACAGCAGUUGCCUUGAAUUGUAUCCCUUUCCAGAAACACCCUAACAGUAUGUCUCUGAAUGUCUUGACUUUCAGAGCGGAGUAGCUUCAGGCCCAGCGAGUCUGCUUGGUCUUCUCUGUCAGAUUUGUGAGAUAAGAGUUUUGAUUGACUAUGACAUGAAUCGUAGGAAACAGUGAGAAGGCAACACGGCUGUGCAUCCUUGUAGUCACAGUCUGGGCUCUUCUUUGUUGUGCCAUAAUAAGAAUGUACUUCAAGGGAACAAUAAUAGGUAUCAACUCCAAAAACAAGACAAAAAAAACAAUUUUUCUUUAUUUCACGGUUGAAUGGCGACACAAAAAAGUAUUUCUGUGAUUUGAUGCAUAAGAUAAAACUUCAUGUAGUAUUUUCUCAAACAUGCAGGUUUAAAUACACUUUAGAAUCCAGCUGGGCAUUUGAUCACUGUUCUUGCAGAUUUCUUAGAGUUCAUUUAAAUUUGUCGGUUUCCAGGCAUGGAGUUGACAGAUUAUUAAUAGGGUUGAGGUCAGUGCUCUGGGAAGCCUUAGUGUUAGUCUGCCUUAUAGUUCUUGGUUAAUCACCUAUUAAAAGUCUACUAAUCUCUGGAAUUUUUUUGAAACAAACCUAAAUAAACUGGACCACUUCAGUUUCACUGAUUAACUACAAGAAAAUGCCUAAAGAGUCAAAAGACUGUAGACAACACUGUGUAAUCUCUUGUGCUAAAUGUUUUAUAUGAAUUAUACAGUUUUUAAAAAGGGAAUAAAAAAGAAACAAAAAACAUUUUUUUACAAGUAAUCCGAUAAAAGUACUGGACCAAAAUUAAACAUUAACUCUGGCUAACCGUUGCUUAAAACCUCUUUAGUAAAGCUCGCUAGAACCAAAUAAGGAAAUACAGGGUUGACUUUUGCAGUGUUGCAGAAUUUUGCCUUCAGUCCACUAAUGAACCCUCAAACCACCCGACACCAGCUUUUGAACUGUGCUCUGUUAACAAGCUCGGAUGGUCUCCUUCCUCUUUCCCUUAUGUCUUUCAUGUCCAGGAGACUUUUUCACUCCAGCGUUCUCGUUUCUAAAUGAGCUCGGUCUCAAAGGAGCUGCCAUUUCUGGAAGGUGUUUGUGUUCUUCCUGUUGGUGUUUGAACUGAAAGUUUUUACACAGGCUACUGAACUGUCUGCUGACAGCCAUCCUGUGUUCAUGCAACCAUGCUGUCAUUUAUAAACAUUUCUAUUUUCAUGUAAGGCAGAAUAGAAAUGGGUUGCCAUUCGGUUUACGCUGUGUGUUGUACAAACCUUGGUGCCAUUGAAUACAAUCUCCACAUCCCUUACUAGUUUCUAAGAGAUCUGCAAAACAUGAAAGAAUGGUGGCUGUAUUGAACUGUCAGUAUAUAAAUAUUGUAUACAAUAAAUGUAUCAUCACCUUUUAUAGUGUGUUGAAUUUAUUUUUGUUUUUGUAAAGCAAAAACAAAAAGAAGUGGUGUUGAACUGUAUUUCUGCUGCUUUAUGUAUAUAAUAAAAAGUUCACUUGUU